GUUGAGGUAGGAACAGUUCGCGCGAUACCCGACCCGCUCUGGCUCACCCUGUUGCCAUUCAAAAUCCGAACCGUUGGCUCUCAAACUGCCCUGAGGCUACACAAACCUGGAACGCGGUACCCGUAGAUGUACCCGACCCCCAGCCUUCUCCAACUGUUCAAACCCCGAGUGGGGCCCUCCAAUCGAAGGAAAAUAUUGUAGAGAGACGAGCACGACGUCGCGUGUUCUGACGAAGUCGAGUCCCUUUCGCUUUGCUCCUUUUAUUGGUCUCAAGAAACGAACCCCCCUAACCGUUGCGUUGGCCAUCACGAACUCCGCUACAUUCCUCUACUUCUUCGGAAGAAGAGUUCAAUCGUCGAGAGAGAGAGAGAGAGAGAGAGAGAGGUGGAUCGGCGCGAAAACCUGAUAAGGAAAACCUAGAGGUUUCGGUCGGCGGAGAGGGAGUUGGCGGAGGGAGGAUAGAUGGAGCGGCUGAGGGCGGGGAGCCCGGUGUAUACGCGUCAGAAGAGCAUAUCGAGCUCCACGGGGGUGCCGUCGUCGCCGACGACCAUGUCCCCAGCCCACCCCCUCCACCACCACCAGAACCGCCACCUCCGCUCCGGGUCGGCCGGCGUCGGCACAUUCCGCCGCGCCCAGAACACCGCCGCCCGCGCAGCCGCCCAGCGCCUCGCCCGCGUCAUGGCCCACCAGCACGCCGACGACGAUGAUGACAACGAAGACGACGACGAACUUUCCUCCGGUCCCCCAAUCGACCUGCUCUCCACGCCGCGCCGCUCUGCUCGCUCUCCAUCGCCCGCGAUAAAUCGCUACCUUGCUGAGCAAACACCUGUUCGUCCAACAUCUACCGGUCGAUCAUCUGUGGCUGCAAAGCCAGCUACAAUGAUACCACCAAUUAAAUCAUCGUCAAAACCACUUGGCACCACAGCGCCAUCAGACCCUCUUAUCAGCAGUCAAAGAACAGAGACUCCCAAACAACUCGUUACUACAGCACCAUCAGACCCUCUCAUUAGCAGUCAAAGAUCAGAGACUCCCGUUUCCAGCCGAAGAGAGAAAAUGAUGUCUGUUGACUUGGGUAAUUUGACUGUGAGAGAACCCAGCAAUGCACGAUUAUCUUCUGCUCUUCAAGAUGAGAUUGAUGUACUACAAGAAGAGAAUGAAAAUAUUCGGGAAAAGCUUCGGCUUGCAGAAGAAAAAUAUGAAGAAGCAGAAGCAAGAGCUAGACAACUUGAGAAACAGGUAGCUUCUCUUGGUGAUGGUGUGUCAACAGAAGCUCAUCUCUUGAGCAGGAAAGAGGCAGCCUUGCAACAAAGAGAGGCUGCUCUGAAAGCUGCUGCACAAACUAGCUAUGCUAAAAGAGAGAUUUCAUCUUUAAGAGAGGAAGCAAAGAUUGCUAGGGAUGAGGCAGCCUCAGUAUCUGAACAACUUCAGGAAGCAGAAACUGAAAUUAGAUCUCUUAGAACAAUGGCACAGAAAAUGAUAUUGUCGCAAGAACAAAUGGAGGAAGUUGUCCUUAAGCGGUGUUGGCUUGCUCGAUACUGGAAACUAUGCAUUUAUUAUGGCAUAUAUGCUGAUAUUGCUGAACCGAAGUAUGAAUUUUGGUCAUCCUUCUCUCCACUUCCACUUGAAGUUGUCUUAUCUGCUGGACAGAAGGCUAGGGAUGGGAACUCCUCAGAUAAAUCCGAUCUAGAAGAGAAAGAGAAGGUGUCAUGGAAUGCAAGCGAUCUAGCCGGAGAAGGAAAUAUUGACAGCAUGCUCGUGGUUGAAAAAGGCCUGCGUGAACUAAGUUCACUGAAGGUAGAGGAAGCUGUCCUUCUUUCAAUGGCUCAGCAUCGACGUGCAAGCACCAAAUCUGCUCCAUCACUUUCAGGGGAAGGUCAAAAUCCGGCAGAGGCAUUUGAACUGAGUCAGGAGGAAUCUGAAGAUGUGCUCUUUAAGCAGGCUUGGUUGGCAUAUUUCUGGAGAAGGGUAAAAGAUCAUGAUCUGGAAGAAGAUAUUGCAGAUGAAAGGCUGCAAUUUUGGAUUGAGCAAAGCAAUCACUCUCCUACAUCACACGAUGCAGUAGAAGUUGAGCGUGGGCUUUUUGAGCUGAAGAAGUUGGGAAUUGAAUUGCAAUUGUGGGAAGCCUGUCAUCACAGAAGUGAAGCUCCUUCAGAUACUUGAGUUUGUUUAGUAAGAUCUUUCUCUCUGAAUGUUCUGCCAUAGCUUUGGACUUGAUCAAAUAUAAGUUAUAUUUGAUCGAUAAUUAUUAUUUCUUCUUCAGUUAUGACUGAAGAUUUUCCUCGUUGCACAAUUUAUUUCUUCCUAGGUAUAUUCUCAUUCAUCAAUGCCAGACACUUUGUUCUUGUCUCUCAACACAAUGUUUUGAACACCUGUUCCCUGUCAGUUUGGUCAUGGGAAUCAAAAAUUGGAAGUAUAUUUUCAGUAGCCACCAUCUCAGUUUUUUUUCUAUCGGGAGACAAUUCUAAAUCAAUUUGUGAAAUCUUAAAGUUCAGGGUAUGUAAAUUGACACGAGAGAAUUUUUAAAGAAAAUUAUUGAGAACCUCUUGUGGAUUUGGUGAUUCUCAGUUUGAAGCGGUUAGUUUUCCACAACAUGGUACACCACUUUUGCUAUUUCAUCAUCCACAUGUUCACAUACACGACUACCGCCGCUGCUUGAUCAUCAUUUUUUGUUUUGCGAUUGAUU